AUUGAUCAACUGAAGCAGGAACUUUCAAAGAAGGAGUCAGAACUUCUUGCCUUACAAACAAAGCUUGAAACCCUUAGCAAUCAAAAUUCAGAUUGCAAGCAACACAUUGAAGUGCUUAAAGAGUCGCUUACUGCCAAAGAACAAAGGGCUGCCAUUCUUCAGACUGAGGUAGAUGCACUGAGAUUACGACUGGAAGAAAAAGAAUCUUUUCUCAAUAAAAAAACAAAACAAUUGCAGGACCUCACAGAAGAGAAGGGAACACUGGCUGGAGAGAUUCGUGACAUGAAAGAUAUGUUAGAAGUGAAGGAAAGAAAAAUUAAUGUUCUUCAGAAAAAGAUUGAAAACUUGCAAGAACAACUUAGGGAUAAAGACAAGCAACUGACCAAUCUGAAAGACAGAGUGAAGUCCUUGCAGACAGAUUCCAGUAACACAGAUACUGCGCUGGCGACACUAGAGGAAGCUCUGUCAGAGAAGGAGAGAAUAAUUGAGCGUUUGAAAGAACAGCGGGAGAGAGAUGAUCGGGAAAGACUAGAAGAGAUAGAAUCUUUCCGCAAAGAGAACAAGGACCUGAAAGAAAAGGUCAAUGCUUUACAAGCUGAACUCACAGAAAAAGAGUCUAGUUUAAUUGACCUCAAAGAACAUGCAUCUUCAUUAGCUUCUGCAGGACUGAAAAGGGACUCCAAAUUAAAAUCUCUAGAAAUAGCCAUCGAACAAAAGAAAGAAGAAUGUAGCAAACUGGAAGCCCAGUUAAAAAAGCAAGCUGAGCAGUUGUUCAAUCAGAUGUACAACCCAGCACAUAAUAUUGAAGAUGACUCCAGGAUGAACCCUGAGUUUGCAGACCGACUAAAACAGCUUGAUAAAGAGGCAUCUUACUACCGUGAUGAGUGUGGCAAGGCCCAAGCCGAAGUGGACCGGUUGCUGGAGAUCCUCAAAGAGGUGGAAAAUGAAAAGAAUGACAAGGACAAGAAGAUCGCAGAACUUGAGAGCUUGACUUUCAGGCAUAUGAAGGAUCAGAAUAAGAAGGUAGCCAAUCUCAAACACAAUCAACAGCUGGAAAAGAAGAAGAAUGCCCAGUUAUUGGAAGAAGUUCGCAGGCGAGAAGAUAGCAUGGCUGACAACUCACAGCAUUUGCAGAUAGAGGAACUGAUGAAUGCCUUGGAGAAAACCAGGCAAGAACUGGAUGCCACCAAAGCUCGCCUUGCCUCUACACAGCAGUCCCUGGCUGAGAAAGAAGCACACUUGGCCAACCUGCGGAUAGAGAGGAGGAAACAGCUGGAGGAGAUCCUGGAGAUGAAACAGGAAGCACUACUUGCAGCAAUCAGUGAAAAAGAUGCAAAUAUUGCCUUGCUGGAAUUGUCUGCCUCCAAAAAGAAAAAGACGCAAGAGGAAGUCAUGGCUCUCAAGAGGGAGAAAGACCGAUUAGUGCAUCAGUUAAAGCAGCAGACCCAGAACAGAAUGAAGCUGAUGGCAGACAACUACGAUGAAGACCAUCACCAUUACCACCACCACCACCACCACCACCACCAUCGAUCUCCUGGGAGGUCGCAACAUUCCAAUCACAGGCCCUCUCCGGACCAGGAUGACGAGGAGGGCAUAUGGGCAUAG